AUAUAUCUGUGGGUUGGUUAAAAUUCAAAAUGGCUGUAGAGAUUUUGUAACCGUACCGUAGUCUGGAUUAAAUAUUAUUUUGUAUCAAAAUUUUAAAAAAUGUUAUGCAAGCAUCUGUUGAUAAAUUCGCUCAUUUAAGCUUAUAGCAAUGAGCUAUUUUCAUAUGCCAUAAAUUUAACACAAGUGUCACAUUGAAAAUGGGAAAAAUAUGGAUGUUGUUUAUACACUCACUGUUUCAAUUGUUUAUUAUUUCCGAAAGUUCACGUGUUCCUAUUUAUCAAGGAGAUAUAUUACCUCACCAUGGUCGUUGCGAACCAAUUACUAUUCAAUAUUGCCAACAAAUAAGGUACAAUGAGACGAUUUUCCCAAACUUAAUUGAUCACGUUAAACAAGAAGAUGCUGGAUCUGAAGUUUACAGUAUUUUUACUCCACUUAUAAAAAAUAAUUGUUCACCUGAUUUAAAAGCAUUCCUAUGUUCAGUGUAUGCGCCUGUAUGCACCAUAUUGGAUACACCAAUACCUCCAUGUCGUCAUUUAUGCGAAAUAGUUCAACUUGAUUGCAAUGAACGUGUAAAACAUUUUGGAUUUCAGUGGCCUGACCACUUAAACUGUUCAAAGUUUCCAGUUAAGACCGAUGAAAGUGUAAUGUGUUUUGGUAAUAAUAAUGUUUCUCAGUCAUCUCGUAACUUACAAGAACGAAGGCUUCCAAAGGUUGAAUAUAAAUCUAGCAUUGACAGAGAUCCAACUAAGUUACAUGGAGCUAAAAAUUAUGGGUUUGUUUGCCCAGUACAAUUUAAAAUACCAAAAAAUUUUGACUUGGAAUAUUCUCUUAAAGUUGGAGAUAAAGUUGAGCAUGAUUGUGGGGCACCCUGUAAUGGAAUGUUUUUCAGUAAGGAUGAAAAGAACUUUGCUAGACUAUGGAUUGGUGUUUGGGCAACACUAUGUGCAUCCAGUUGCCUUUUUACAGUACUUACGUUUUUAAUUGACACUGAUAGAUUUAGAUACCCAGAAAGACCAAUAAUAUUUCUGUCAGUAUGUUACUUAAUGGUAGCCACUGCAUACAUUAUAGGAUGGGGUGCUGGAGACAGUGUCAGUUGUCAAGGUCCAUUUUCAAUGACUGUGAGUGGAACAAAAUUACCAAAUAUCUUGGUUAUAACUCAAGGAACUAAACAUGAACCAUGCACAAUUCUUUUCAUGAUUCUAUAUUUCUUUAGUAUGGCAUCCAGUAUUUGGUGGGUUAUAUUAACACUAACUUGGUUCUUGGCAGCUGGUCUUAAAUGGGGUCAUGAAGCUAUUGAAGCUAACUCUCAAUAUUUUCACUUAGCAGCUUGGGCAGUCCCUGCAGUUAAAACUAUAUCAAUAUUGGCCAUGGGUAAUGUUGAUGGGGAUGUCUUAUCAGGAGUAUGCUAUGUUGGAUUAUGGGAUGCUGAAGCUCUUAGAGGAUUUGUUUUGGUCCCUCUAUGUGCUUAUUUAGUAUUGGGAACCAUAUUUCUACUUGCAGGAUUUGUUUCUUUGUUUAGGAUAAGAACUGUCAUGAAACAUGAUGGAACAAAAACAGAUAAGCUUGAGAAGCUAAUGAUUCGUAUAGGCAUUUUUGGUGUUCUCUACACAGUGCCAGCCCUUAUUGUUAUAGCAUGUUUGUUCUAUGAACAGGCUCAUUUUAAUUCAUGGAUGGUAACUUGGCAUCGUGAUAUGUGCUCUUCUCCGAAAUACUCAAUUCCUUGUCCAUUCACGAAGCAGGAAGCAGAUAGACCAAAAUUUGAAAUGUUUAUCAUAAAAUAUUUAAUGACAAUGAUUGUUGGGAUAACAUCUAGUUUUUGGAUCUGGUCAAGUAAAACUAUAGUGACAUGGCGCCAAUUUUUUGACAAACUUAAGGGAAGGCGUGUUGAAGCAUAUGUAUGAUUAAGUCUAUUAGCAUUACAAUUUAAACCUAGGUCAUAUCCAAACAAAUACCUGAUAUUUCAUGUAAUAUUUUUUUCAGAUCUCUGGUGUAGUUAAAUUUUAAUUAAGAACCUAUUAUUACAUAUUAUUGGCCAUACUAUUUUAGCUCUCUAUGUGCUCAGUGGUUUAGUAUUAUUUUAAAAACAUAUGUUCUUAACUGUUUUAUUAAUUGAAAGUAGCUAAAUAAGUUGAGAUUAAAUAUAAGGCUGAUAUUGUAAAUAUUAUUUUAUGAACUUAAUUUUUACAUAUUUUUGAAUCUUUUAAGAUCAAUUUUUACGUAUG